ACUUCGGCGAUCCAGGUCCGGGUCACUGCUUUCCCGCUGCUGGCCGGGUCCCUCCAGGCCGCUCUCCCUGCCAGGCGCCGGCUCCCGGCUGGAGGGAGCCGGCGCGGUACCGAGAGUGGGGUCCGGAGCAGCCGCGGAGGCAGGUUCCCCGGGCAGCCGCCGCCCCGCGCGCCCUCGGCCGGCUCGCCGCCAGCGCAGCCAGCGGGGCGCGUCUCUCGCACCCCGCUCUCGGCCCCGCGCUCCUCCGCCCGCCGAGCGGCCCAGCCGCGCUGGAAACAAGAACUUGAGGGCAAGAAUCUGGCUUCCCUUUAGGUUAAAAAAAAAAAAAAAAUCCCUGGACUGGAGAGGUUGCGGGCGCUGCACGGAGUUUGGAGACGGGCGCCCCCUCCUCGACCGCGUCCAGGAGCAAAGUUGCAGCCGCCCCUCCCCGCUGGCCGAGCCGAGCCCAGCUCUCCAGUUUCGCCCUGGUGGCGGCCGCGCUCGGGGCAGGGUCCCAGCUCCGGCAGGGUCGAACGGUUCCCGCAGCCUUGGCACGGGCUCGGCCGCCCGCUCGCCGGCCCCGUGACUCGGGAGGGCGAGCCGCUUCCAGGAGGCAGCGGCGGCGCGACUGGAGUGAGCGAGCAGCCGGAGGACCAGCGGGCAGCGGCCGAGCCAGGCCUUUGAUCCGGAUGACCUUUAUGCAGGGGUCAAUUUCUCCAAGGUUCUGAGCACUCUUUUAGCUGUCAACAAAGCCACAGAAGAUCAGCUCUCAGAAAGACCAUGCGGACGCUCCUCUGCUCUUAGCGCUGCUAAUAGUUCCCAGACAAGCCCACAGGGAGCAGUGUCUAGCGCAGCUCCAGGGCUGCAAAGGCAGUCAAAGCCCGUGGAGAUGACGGAAAAUGGAAGUCACCAGUUGAUAGUAAAGGCGAGAUUCAACUUUAAGCAGACGAAUGAAGACGAACUGUCCGUCUGUAAAGGGGACAUCAUUUAUGUUACUAGAGUCGAAGAAGGAGGCUGGUGGGAAGGCACUUUAAAUGGGAGAACAGGCUGGUUCCCUAGUAAUUAUGUCCGAGAAAUUAAAUCCAGUGAGAGACCUCUCUCCCCCAAGGCUGUCAAAGGAUUUGAAACUGCUCCUCUUACCAAGAAUUAUUAUACCGUGGUGUUACAGAAUAUCUUGGACACUGAAAAAGAUUAUGCUAAAGAACUUCAGUCUCUCCUUGUUACUUACCUAAGACCCCUGCAGUCCAAUAACAACCUGAGUAGCGUGGAGUUUACGUCUUUAUUGGGAAACUUCGAGGAAAUAUGCACCUUCCAACAGACACUCUGCCAAGCCUUGGAGGAAUGUUCGAAAUUUCCAGAAAACCAACACAAAGUAGGUGGUUGUCUCCUGAACCUCAUGCCUCAUUUUAAAUCUAUGUAUCUGGCCUACUGUGCAAAUCAUCCUUCAGCUGUAAAUGUACUCACCCAGCACAGUGAUGAUCUGGAACGAUUUAUGGAAAAUCAAGGUGCAUCCAGCCCAGGUAUCCUCAUUCUAACAACGAGCCUCAGCAAACCGUUCAUGCGCCUGGAAAAGUAUGUUACUCUCUUGCAAGAGCUGGAACGGCACAUGGAGGAUACGCAUCCAGAUCAUCAGGAUAUUCUGAAAGCAAUCAUAGCAUUCAAAACGCUCAUGGGGCAGUGCCAAGAUCUCAGAAAGAGAAAACAGCUGGAGUUGCAGAUACUUUCUGAACCUAUUCAGGCCUGGGAAGGAGAGGAUAUUAAAACCUUGGGAAAUGUGAUUUUUAUGUCACAAGUCAUGGUGCAGUAUGGAACAUGUGAGGAAAAAGAGGAGCGGUACCUCAUGUUAUUUUCAAGUGUCUUGAUAAUGUUGUCUGCAAGUCCUCGGAUGAGUGGCUUUAUCUAUCAGGGAAAAAUACCAGUCGCAGGCAUGGUGGUGACCAGGUUAGAUGAAACGGAAGGCAAUGACUGCACGUUUGAAAUCACAGGUAACGUAGUGGAGAGGAUUGUGGUUCACUGCGGCAACAACCAGGACUUCCAGGAUUGGCUGGAGCAUCUCUACAGGCUGAUCAGGGGACCUGCUUCUUGCAGUUCGUUGUCUAAAACAUCGUCAUCGUCUUGUAGCGCCCAUUCCUCUUUUAGCUCUACUGGACAGCCCCGGGGACCCUUGGAGCCUCCUCAAAUUAUAAAACCGUGGAGUUUAAGCUGUCUACGACCUGCACCCCCACUUAGACCGUCAGCAGCACUAGGUUAUAAAGAGGUAUAUAAAGAGCCCGACACGAGAGGAGAAAGGAUCCUCGAGCUGAAUCUGUAUUAUUCAGACUUUGACCAAGAAACAGCCCUGCAGAGGAUGUCUUAUAUCUUGAAGGAGUCUAGUAAAAGCCCCAAAACGAUGAAGAAGUUUCUUCAUAAAAGAAAGACCGAAAGAAAGCCAUCGGAGGAGGAAUAUGUCAUCCGGAAAAGUACGGCUGCCCUGGAGGAGGACGCUCAGAUUCUGAAAGUGAUCGAAGCCUAUUGUACCAGCGCGAACUUUCAACCAGGCCACGGCUCAAGUUCUCGCAAAGACUCCGUUCCCCAAGUCUUACUGCCCGAGGAGGAGAAACUCAUCAUCGAAGAAACCAGAAGCAACGGCCAGACCAUCAUCGAAGAGAAGAGCCUCGUCGAUACUGUUUAUGCCUUGAAAGAUGAGGUCAAAGAGCUGAAACAGGAGAAUAAAAGAAUGAAACAAUGCCUGGAAGAGGAGUUGAAAUCAAGAAGAGACCUAGAAAAGCUGGUCCGGAGGCUGCUGAAGCAAACCGAUGAGUGUAUUCGGGCCGAGUCCAGCAGCAAAGCCUCCCUUCUUCCCUAACCAUCACCGUGCGGCUGGCAGAGUGCCUUGGCGGCGGCGGCAGAUGUCCAGCUGAGUGACCCGACUCAGCUCGCUCACUUCUUUGGUUUUUAUUUUGUAUCUUAGUCUCUCUCUCUUUCUCUCUCUCUGGUUGAGUGUUGUUGUUUGGUUAUUGGUUGGUUGGUUGGUUAUUUUUUUCGACAGGAGUAAAAGCCAAGUCUCCCCGGAGGCUUUCCCACUCGGUCAGAAAAGGAGGGCUGACGUAGGCAGAUGACUCCCAGGGUCCUCAGAUGGCCUUCCAUUCACAGUGCCUCUUUUCCAGCCAUCAUCCCCGGGUCGCUCUUGUUGGGCUGGCUGCUAUCCCAGUGCGGCCGGCCCUGGCUUAUUAAACGUGAACCUGACUUUUCCCCUCGUGCUUUCCUGUACCUGGAAGCCCAUCAGUACCUCAUGGGCUGAGAGCAACACUUCCUGAAACUAGGGUAGGCUGAAAGACUAACCCAUUUGCCCAGCGGUCCAGCUGCCCUUCCCCGAGCAUCCCAUGUCAUCCUUUAAUGCACACUUUUUUUAAAAAAUGGCUAUUCUGUGUUGUCUGUAAGACCAAGAAAACUAUAGCGCCCUUCCUCCUUCCGUGUUGGUUUACAUUUGAACUCCGUGGGGCAGAAGCUCUGGUGGCCCAGGUCGGCGCCAGAUCCAUUAGCAGCAGCUCUCUGGACAGUCCUCCCCUUCAGUGGCUGAAUAGCUCAUCUCUUCCCGGUGCAUGAUAGCUUUUGCCCCCAGCCUUCUGCCUUGUGUGUAAGUUUUCUAUCUCCCCAGCGCUUUUAGCCAUCCACACCAAGCGGUGUGUAAACUGGUCUGUGUGUGCUUUGCUUUUGAAAAAUAGACUGUGAGCAGUUACUUUUCUCUACAUCGCAUAUGCAAAUUGCGACUUCUCAUCCUUCACAACGGUCUACACUGAGGAGCUGCCCGUGCCCUAACAGACAGCAUGAAUUCACUUGAUGGCCCUCCUGGAUGGGCUGUGAGAAGCCGUACUAUUCAUCAGCCUCUUGGAGCCGGACUCUAAGCGUCAUUGGCAGACAUGUGCUGUUGGUCCAGUUUGUGUAGCUGGAAAGAAAGGGCCUCGCUAGUAGCUGUGCAGCGGUUACUAGUGAAGCUGAUCAUACGGAACCGGUUUACUCCAGGUGCUCAGCGACUCAAACCCUCGCCUUUGUAAGUAUCUCAGAAACGAGAACUGUGAUAAACUGGGCUUAGAAGAGGGUCACGAUGGACAACACACAUCCAGAUUCAGCACGAUUGAAAGCGGGCCUGGGGCUCUAAGACAGAGCAGUGCAAGCCACACCUGUCUCUCCUGAAGACAGGUGGAAGUUUGGCCAGGUGGGAGAAAUGACUGGAAAGAGAGGCCAAGAACAAUGGACUGAGCGGACCUGUCUCCCAGAUACAUUUGAUGGGUGCCUAUCAAUGUAGGUUUGGCAAAUGUUGUUUAGAGACCAGACUGGAAGCUUGAAACCCCCAGCUCGCUAAGCCCUUUUCCUUUCUAGUACGGGGGUCGGGAAGGCUCCUCAGUUCCCAUAGCUCCAUGGUACGGGCUGUGGACCACUUGCUGCCUGGCAGAAAUCACCGUGUCCACGAGAAAUGGACUGGUCCUGCAGCCCGAGACGAGCCAACCACGCACAGCCGUCUUUGGAAGCUGAGGACCGAAGAAGGUUGUGAGGGGUGCUGUCGUUCUGUUCUGAAGCCCAGCCGUUUAGAGGUGUCAUCCUUCGCCUCCAAAUUAAAAACGACAAUAACAGCAACAUAGAUGGUAGCAUCUGCCCUGCCUGUGGUUAGUCAGUGGCUUGCGAUUAUGUGCAAACUAUAUUCAUAGGAAACAUUUUUAGGAUUACACUGUAGUUGAUAAGGUAUAUAGGAUUGCUUACAACAUCGAAAGGUCUUUAUCUUCAAGUGACGUGUACCUGUGCAUGUCUGGGGACUUGGCCCUUCGGACGAGAGGCCCUCUGGGUAAUGUCGCUUGUGCGGGGUUGUGUCCGUGCUCACACGCCACAAUCCUAUAAAGGACGUGAAGCCAUGAUAACCUGACAGCAGUGUCUCCAUAGUUGUGUUGUUUACAAUACUCUACACGUGGGUCCCUGUUAUCCUGUAGCUAAACUGCUGCCCUUCGAGGCCUUUCAGUUCCUCUUCUGUCGUGUCCCUUCUUACACGAGCUCGAAUUUUCUAACUUGUUUUUAUUUUGAAGACUUUUAAAAUCGACAUUUUCAAUAAAUAAGAAUAACAAUGCUUUA